GCUUCAAGUACACUUCAUAAGAUUGGAAUGAUCAAGUUCUACGAAGAUACUGAUUAUUCAAGAUAUUGUCAAAGCAGCGAAUUUGCUGAUUGGAAAUCAAGAGAAGAGGAGGUUAAAGAACUUGAAAGUCUUAAGGAAAAUGCUUGUCCUU